UGGUCACACUGCCAAACAGCUGUUAAUGGUCAAAGACCCCCAAAAUAUUAAAUACAAAAGAAAUUAAGUCUGCUUACCGUGCAAGUAAUUGAACAGUGUGCUAAGGACCCAGUUGUACAGUCAAAGUAAUCCCGAGGGAAAUGGAAUCGGAUACGCUGGACCAGGAGAGUGCCGCGGCUGCUCUAAAAAAACUAUCGCCAAGUGAAAGUCCCGAAAGUUCGAAGAAAUGGGAGCCGACUUCGGGAGAGUGGGUUGCGGCGGGUGGGGGAGAAGAGGCGCCGCCAACAAAGAGACAAAAGACUGCAGACGAAAAGGAGGAGAAUCGGGAGGAAGACGAGGAUAGCGAGGAGAGCGUUGAUGAGGAGGAGGAUGAUGGCGAGGGCAUCGUCCAGAUUGGCGGCACCAUCAGCCCAAGGCAUUUCCAGCGCAUCCCCGUCUUUAUCGUCGACUACCACAACGAUGUGCUGGAGUUCAUCUACCGCUGCUUUGCCACCCGCCACCUUCCGCUGCAGAACAACACCCUUGUCCACUUCGACUCGCAUCCGGAUCUGGUCAUUCCACGGCACAUUGCCGCCAGUUCCACCUACCAAAAGGAAACCAUGUUAAAUGAGCUUAGCAUCGAGAACUGGAUCAUGCCCACACUUUAUGCAGAAAUAGAAAACAAUGUAAAAGGACAAAUAAAAAAGUUCUAUGGACAUUUCAACCGCGUCGUGUGGCUGAAGAACUCAUGGUGCCAGCAGCUGCCCACUGGCAGGCACGACUUUAAGGUUGGACAAAAGGACGAUCGCAUUGGAGUGGACUGUCCGUUGGACUACUUUAUUGCCGACGGCAACUACUGCACUACGGAGGAUCUGCAGGAUGCCAAGAGCGUGGAGCUGCAGGUUCACGAUGCAGACAACGAAAGCCUCAAUCCGAACGAAUUCCUAACGGAGAAGGACGCCAAGGGAUUCGUGCUGGACAUAGACCUCGACUUUUUCAGCACCUCCAACCCCUUCUUGGAAAUAUACAAGGAUGCCGAUUGCUACAAUCAGCUAAAGGAGAUCUUCCACUUCGAAAGCGUGGAGAAGGUGAAGAAGUCGGGCACGGCUACUAUAGCAGAUUAUUUGGCCACGGCAGAGAGGCGACAGACUCAGUUGGAUGCACUGAAGACGAUUUUCUGGCAUCUGGAGGAGGAGCGCAAUUUCGAGGGACUGGAAAAGCCGGACGAGACCGUGGUCACGCCCGAAGUGUACGCCAAGAUUGUGAAACUGGCCGAUCAGCUGCAGGAGAAAUAUCCAGACGAUGAAAUCGACUGGCAUUUGAUCUUCGAUUCGGGCAGCACCACCGAUAAUAAUGGCUUGCCCCACCACAUCAGCAUCGCCGAAGAGUUGGAAACGUACUUUGCAAACUUCAAGCGUUUCUUACAGCGCCUGCCAGUUCCUCCAGUGGCCAUUACAAUGGCCCAUUCCGCUCAAGAUGACUACUGCCCCCAGGAUCAGGUGGCAUUCAUUGAGGAAUGCGUUCUACGCCUGCUUAAGGAGGUUUUUGGCGAAAGACUGCACGACAAAGCCAUCCUGCACUAUAUGGACGAUCCUUGGGAUGUGAUGAAGCUCUAAGCUUAUGGAUAACUAGGGGUUCUUUCGCCCGCCACUGCGAAUUAGAUUCUGAAUUUACAAAACUCGUUUGGGCGGGAAAACUCCACGACUAAAAGAUACCCGUAGUGAUUUCGAAUUAGAACCUAAUGAUGGAAAAUCCAAUACUAAUUAUAAUAAUAUUUUUUACUUUGAAAUAUACGCGAAGUAUUUAUUACAG